ACGGUAAAGUCCCUGAGAGGCGAGUUGUUAGAGGAGAGGUGCGGUCUUGCCUCCGACAGUUGGUUUUGAGGAGCGAUAGCGUUAACACUGUAAUAUUUUAUCUUUUAUAAGAAAGUAUUGUGAGUGAGUUAUUUAGUGAAAAGACACUGUUAUCUGUUUAAUUACUUGAUAUUGUUAUUAUAGACUUAGAUUGUAUAAGAAAAGUGUGUUCUAAACAGAUAUACCUUGACUGUUAUAUGUAAGCUGGUAUUGUGAACUACUUAUAGUGAGUGAUCUGCGAUUAAAGACAUAUUAAUUAAUCAAAGUGUUUAAUUUAUAUCUUUUGGACAUUAUAUUUGGUGGCAGCGGUGGGAUGAAGAGGUCGUCAGGAAACGGCCGCUUCGUGCGGAUGAAACGUCCAAAAGCUUAUCAGGAUCAAGUAAGUGAUGAAGAUGAGGAGGUUCUGUAUCGUAAUGUCGUCGAGUCUAUUGUGACUAAGAAGCUAAAUGAUCUAGCGUCUGAAAAAAUGACCAAGUCUAAGAACAGUGAAGUGAAUGCAGAUCGUCUUAUACCGGAUUUUGAUCCAGAAAACAAAGACAUGAAUGUCACUAGUUGGAUCAAAAAGAUUGAACAACUUGGAGAGAUCUACAAGUGGAGCGAUGAAGUGAAGUCCUUUCAUCUACAAUCAAAAUUACAAGGACAAGCUCGCACUUGGUUCAACCGAUUGGACUCAUACGAGUAUUCAUGGAGUGAAUGGAAGACGAAGCUAACUAAAGCUUUCCCUAGAUAUCAUGACUAUGCGUCACUCCUAGAUGAGCUUAUGAAUAGGAAGAAACAAGCGGGUGAAAGCAUGACUAAGUACUAUCAAGAGAAGCUAGCAAUGUGCUACAGAUGCCAAAUAAGUGGGCAAGCUGCUGUUUCGUGUAUCAUCCGAGGUCUCCCCUUAGAGCUGCAAGCUAAUGCUCAAGCAUUCCAGAGUGGCAGCCCGGAUGACCUAUAUGAAGGAUUUUUGUCCGCUUUAGACAGUUACAAACCCUCAGAAAAGCCUAACUCUACAUUGAUACCUCAAUCUUCAAGAAUUAUUAAUAAAGGCCAUUAUGUGAGCACACAGAGAAUGGUUGCAAAGAACAAUGGAACCCAAGAUCCAUCCCAGAUUUGCUAUCGGUGUAAGGAACCCGGACACACAGCACCACAGUGUACUAUGCCAGAUAUGCGAAAAUGCUAUCGCUGUGGUAAAACUGGGCACAUAGCUAAUCGGUGUGCAGAAAAGACAGGUGGAGAAAUGACUAAGAAAAUACAAAUACUAGCAGAAACAAAAAAUUCAUUUGUGAAAACUGUAUGUGUAAACAACAUAUUGACAAAAGCAUAUAUUGACACAGGGAGUGAGGUGAAUGUCAUGUCAUUGACCGCAGCAGAAACAUUGAAUUUGAAACUGAAACCCUCAUUCAAGCGACUAAGUGGUUUUACUGGUGCACAAGUUCAAGCAAAAGGAGAGGUGAAUUUUGACAUAAAAAUUGAUCAGAUACAAAUGAAUACAAGUGCAUUAGUUGCAGAUGUGGAAAUGGGAAGUAUAGCUCUCAUUAUUGGACAAACAAUCUUGAACCGAAGCGAUAUCAACUUGAAUGUUUCUCAACUGAAAGCUGAAUUAAGCAUGAAUAAUACUAACCCAGUGAACACUAUCUGUGCUAUUGAGGCAACUGCAAGUUAUAAGGUAUUGCUGGAAGAAGAUAUAACAAUCCCAAGAGGUGAUAGCUUGGUGAAAGUUUACAUAGAAGACAAACCAAUAGGCAUGAUGUGUUCAAGAUCAAGACAGUUCAGCCUUGGGGAGGUGGAGUAUGCAAUAGCAAGUAGCCUGAUUCGAGAUGGUAGCGGUUAUGUGAGAGUCUGCAAUCUUGGGAGCGCAGAGAUUCACUGGAAGAGGGACAGUACUAUAUCAAGGGCGGAGAGGUGUGAUGCUGUGGAGGUUUCAGAGGAUGGCCGACUGUAACGAGGAGCGAUGAGAGGCGCGUAAAGGUGAGGUGUGUAGAGGAGAGGUGAGGUGAGGUGAGGUGCAGAGGGGGCAAGACAUUUUGGCUAUGCGUUGUAAAUUGAGACGGGACUGUACCGAAGGGGAUUCACGGAUGUCGAGACAAAGCUCUCUUGUUCUAG